GGACUAAAAGUAAAGACUCACUAUAGACCCGGUAACCACAGCUGAGAAACACAAACGGCACAAGAGACGGCGAUUCAGCGUCACCUCAUGCAUUGCCUCUUCCUUCUUCGACAGAGUCAAAUGAGGUAACACCAGAGGAAACCCAGGGCAGGAACCCCAUUCUGCUCCUUCCCCAUCAGCCGAAACAGGCCAGCUAAAGGUGCAAAAUCUAUUACAGAGCAAGGCAUCUCUUCGUUCUCACCAACACAUCAUCACCCUCUCUUUAGGAACCCCCGGCCAACGAAACACAUAUUUCUGUUGAUAAUUACUCGUUCGCCUCCGCCCUAUGCAAUGCUCUUGCAUGUAUUUAUUUCGUUGCUCGGAGCAGGUGCUCAAAUUGCCCAUUGUCUUUCAUGGGGGUAUGCUCGACAGCAAGACUACGAAAGGAACAGUGGCGGUGUCUCUCUUGAAGACCAGUCGCGGCUCUCCAACGCAUACUCACUUGCCCUGAGCGAGCUGCGAGAGCUCGAGAGCGAACCUCUCUGCCAUCGCAAUGCCGCACGCCUGCUCGUCAACCACUGCCAGCUGCUCGAGGGAAAGGAUGAAGCAACCGUGCAUACUGAUAGCGGUCGCCUGACGCGAGACUUUGUCGACUCCUACGCUACUAGCUUAGCGAUCUGCGAUCUUGAGCGUGGUAGCUUUCGCAUCCCCUCCGAGUGCGCAGCCUUUCGAGAGACUACAUUGGCCAGUCUUCCGAUCCCGAGCACCCCCCAACUGCACGUACCGACGACUCAGAUUGACAAAUGUCUCGAGGGUCUAGCCCAGUCAGAUUCAGCAUGGAAUACAUGGAUCAGCUACCGUCAUAAAGCAUUGCGCUUCUGCGACGCUGCGAGGGCAGACAACAAGAAAGAUGAGCAUAUCAGGCUGUAUCAGCGUGUGUCAAAGGUUCUCGAACGCCUGACGACAGAGGUCGAAUCACACAUGGAGUCUCGUCUGGCCAGUUUGAACAAUGCACUGGAGCGAGCCGGCUCGCUGGUGGAUGGACUGGAUCCAAGAGUAGAUGCCAUCCGUCGAGGGUUGCUGCAGCUCGAGGACAUACUUGACCAGAAGGUACUUGCCGCGGCCGGAGUCUCACAACAGGCCAUCAUGAGAAGCGCGGAUGAGGCUCAGAAUUUACACGAGCUACUCGUUGCGAUCAUGUUUGGGGCACACCGACAGCAGGAAGAGAUGGAAGCGUCUCACGAGACAGCCAUCUCAAGGGUUACAAUGCACGCCAAUGCUGAGGCUGAAGUGAUCGCGGCAAAUCUCGCCACUGCUGCAUCAUCUUCUGUCCUCAUACAUAAUGAGUUGGUCAAUUCUCAAGCAAGAGUCGAAGAGGUCGCUCGCAGGCAGAAGCAGAUUGAGCAGGGGAUGCAUAAUCUUGAAGCCCACGCAGAACACAUUUCUUUCCGCUAUCAUGAGCACGUUGACCGUCUCUCCCAAGCUCAACGGCGAGCAGACGACAUUUUAGAUACGCUUGAUACCGUUGCGUCAUCCGCAUCGAAGCUGAACAUGUUCAUGCCGGACUUUGGCAUUCGAGGCUGGUGGCCCUACAUUUACUGCCCUGCCUUCACCAUCGUCGCGGGCUCUUGGGGUUUGCCAGCUUCUCUCGCUCGCAACAUUGCACUGAUUGGUCUCGGGGAGGCCUUUGGCUUCGUGGUCUCCAUUACUGCAGAGUACAUCGCUGCAGACAACUGGAAGUCUUCAACAUCUGUUAUGGACAACUCUCUAUCAACCAACCAUAGCUCGAUUCACGCUCGCGAAUGGGCUCGCGAACAUUCUAGCGAUGGCGGUUCCCGGGGUAAUUUCUUGUCACGCGCGUUUUGAUUUGGGUCUCAAGAGCGGGAUACUGGGACAUAUGGGAUUGGCGUUAUUGCUUUUACAUUAUUCACCAUCUUUCGGCACUUGCACUGGGGCGCAUAUACAUUGCGAGGUCGAAUUCUUUUACGCGAUGGGCAGGACAACGAAGCGAGUCCGCAAGGAGCCAUUUGAUACACUGGGGUCUUUCUAGAGAACAUAGCAAGUUGAUCAUGGAGAUCUUAAUGUGAUUUCUUCAGCACACACCUUCUUUUCUUCAAAUCGCCACGCCAAUGCAUAGCAUCAACGUGACCGGGGCAAUGUGAAAGUUCAAAUCCGGGUGGGCAUUUCAUCAAGGAAGCGCCGAGUA